AUGCGGGGCAUUGAUGUUCAAUUAUCUUCCACCCUCCCUUUUUGUGCCCCCAAUAUUUUUUCUCUCCACCCCGUCUCUCUCUCUCUCUCUAACCCCGUCUCUCUCUCUCUCAAACCCCUCGUCUCUCUCUCUCUCCAAACCCCCCCCAGUCUCUCCAAACCCCCAGUCUCUCUCUCCAAACCCCCAGUCUCUCUCCAAACCCCCAGUCUCUCUCUCAAACCCCCAGUCUCUCUCUCAAACCCCCCCGUCUCUCUCUCUCCAACCCCCCAGUCUCUCUCUCUCACCCCCCCCAGUCUCUCUCCCCCCCCCCCGACUCUCUCUCUCCAACCCCCCCCUCUCUCUCUCUCUUCUCUCACCCCCCCCCGUCUCUCUCUCUCUCUCUCACCCCCCCGUCUCUCUCUCUCACCCCCUGUCUCCUUUCUCUCACCCCCCGUCUCUCCUUUUCUCUCCCCCCUGUCUCUCCCUUUCUCUCACCCCCCUGUCUCUCCUUUUCUCCCCCCCCUGUCUCUCCCUUUCUCUCCCCCCCGUCUCUCCCUUUCUCUCACCCCCCUGUCUCUCCCUUUCUCUCACCCCCGUCUCUCCCUUUCUCUCACCCCCCGUCUCUCCCUUUCUCUCUACACCUCAUCUACUUAA